AUGGCCUCGUCCGGCGAAACCAAGAUCGAUGCGAUGACCAAGCAACAAGGAGGCGACGUCCCUUCAGAAGCAAUGAAGGAGAAGACUGGACAAAUUGUUGAUCUUGCGGAUGGCUAUACCCCUGAAGAGGAAAAGGAAGUUCUCCGCAAGAUCGACCUGGCCAUCCUGCCAAUGAUGUGCUUCGUCUUUUUUCUGCAAUACUUGGACAAGCAAAGUCUUAGUUACGCCAGUGUGUUCGGCCUCAUCACCGACCUGAACCUGACUAGCACGCAAUACUCGUGGUGUUCAUCUAUCUUCUACGUUGGUCAGCUGGUAUCGGAAUAUCCUUUCAUCUACUUGAUGAGCAGAUUCCACCUUACCAAGUUUGUCGGAGUCACCGUCGUCAUCUGGGGCAUUAUCUGCAUGUGUCUCGCGGCCCCGCACAACUACGCCGGCUUUGCUGCCGUUCGAUUCCUACUAGGCUUCGCCGAAGGGGCCGUCUCUCCCGCCUUCAUCACAAUCACAAGUAUCUGGUACCGAAGCAACGAGCAUGCCCUCCGAACAGCGCUUUGGAUCACCAUGAACGGCGUCGCUCAGAUCUGCGGUUCCCUCCUGAUGUACGGCAUCGCCAAGAACACCCACGCCCUCGCCCCUUGGAGAGUGUUGUUCCUCGUCUGUGGUGCAAUUACCUCUUUUGCCGGAGUUCUCUUCUACCUCUUCAUGCCGAAUGGCCCCAAAGAUGCGUGGUUCUUGAACGAGCGCCAGAAACAAGUACUGUCUAUGCGCAUGGCCAAGGACCGUGAAGGUGGCGACAAGACCUCCUUUUCUAUGACGCAGCUCAAGGAGGCUGUAUUUGAUAUCAGAACCUGGUUCGUGUUCUGGUUCGGUGUUCUGGUCACCAUGCAGUCUCCGGUCCUUACGUUCGCUUCACUUGUUAUCAAUAGCAUUGGCUACGACAAGUACCAGACCAUGCUAUACACUGCUCCAUCUGGCGCCGUUCAGAUUGGGAUGCUGUGGAUUGGUGUCUGCGGCUGCAUGCUCUUCCCCAAGCAACGAAGUCUGGUGGCUCUCGUCCUCAUCCUGCCGCCCCUCAUUGGCAACGUACUUCUUAUGAAACUGUCCACCAAUGCCGGGUGGGGUAUGAUUGCUGCAUCUUGGAUCGCAUCGUGCAUUACCGCCGUAUGGUCGAUCCUUCUCUCCCUUACGGCAUCAAACGUGAAGGGAAACACAAAACGCGCCAUCGUCAACGCAAUGUUCUUCGUUGGGUACUGCGCAGGAUGCAUCGGCGCACCUCAGCUUUGGACCAAGAAGCCGCGCUAUUUCAACGGCGUUGUCACAGCUAUCGUCACGUGGUGCUUGCUGUUUGUCGAGAUUGUCGUGUACAGAUGGCUCUGUGCAAAGGACAACAAGAAGAGAGAUGCUGCUCAAUCUGAUGGCCAGAACAUCCAGAGCCAGGAUGAGGUCGUCUUGGAUGCAGGUGGUGCUCCUGAGAGUGACUUGACAGAUAAACAGGACAAACUCUUCAGAUACAGUAUCUAA